CAUAACUGUUACCAUUAGUGUUGAUUUCUGGAGCUCUUUCCGCAGAAGCAGCCGAAUUCUUCCCAUCAAUAAUUAAUACAUUUGUAAAGCAGCGGGAAAGGGGGAGCGAGCGAGCGGCUACAGAUCCUGUUUUUGAAGAGUAAUCAUCUGCGAAUCAUGUCACAAUCUGACAGAUCUCCAAGAAGAGCUGAUGAGGAGGACAAAGGAGGAUGAAGAAGGAAAGGGAAACUGGAGAGGUAGAGGAGGAAUAUAAUGAAGUUGAGUGGGAAAGGACUGUUUGCUAUCGUAUCCAGCUGCCUCCUCUUCGCCUGUGCCGUGAGCACUGUUGCAGUCGGAAUCAAAUGCUUCUUGCUGGGAACAGAAGUGAAAGCGGAUUUUCACCUGGGGACCGCGGCAGGGGCUUUUUAUUCGGGACUGCUUAUCUGCCUUGGGCAGGUGCUGCUCGGGGCUGCCUUGGUCUGUUGCAAAGGAAAACCGAGGAGUCAGAAUUUCUUCCUCCUGGGUGUCUUGGUGUUUAUGCUGGGGGUCCUUACUGCCUUCUCAGGAGCAGUUAUAGAUGGAGACACUGUGUCCCUGGUGGAGCGGAAGCAUUCUCAUUACUGUUUGAACUCGCCAAACCCAAUUUGUGACAAAUUAAAGGAUUACCAAAAGAGCCUGGUUAUAUCCGCUAUCCUUAACACCUUGGAGUGCCUACUUGGGCUUAUAAACUUGGUUAUCAUAAAGAGGUACAAAUCAGCUGAGUUCUACAGAGGGAGACACUCGUCUCAAAGGCAAAGCGUGGGGGCUAUACUUUUCAAUGAAGACCAGGACUUUUCAAUAGGGGAAUUUCCAUUCCAACCUGUUUCUUAUAUUAAUUUGGGAGUUUUUCACGUUUUUGACGAAGCGGGGGUAGAGGUACCAUGUGGAGGUCACCCCUCUAUUGAGUUACCGGGCUAUUCGCCAUCAGAUCCAGAUCUAAACCAUUCAUACCCCUAUUCUUACCCACUUCCAAACGAGCUGCCCCCCGCAUACGAAGAAAUUUUUCCAGGGGAAACAAGCAACAAAUAGCAAAAGAGGAACUGCACCUUUAUUUUAAUCGGCUGUGACAAUCAUUAGCUCUC